AUGGGUUUAGACUCCGUCAAAGUUAUGGAGAACUGGCAAUCGAAGAAAUCAACCGAGAGCGAGAAGAAGAAGAAGAGGAAGAAGAAGAAGAGCAAUGUCAGAAACAGUGAAGGUGAAAAGGCAGCAAAUGGGUGUUGGCUCAAAUUUAGGGUUAUGGUUUGUUGCGUACCUUCGACAUCAGACGUUGAUAGCUCUCUCAGUACCUCUACUAGCACAGUGGGAAGUACGUCGGCAAUUUUGAAAUCAAAUGAUCAACCGGUUGGCCCGGUUUCUUCUACAACAACAACAAGCAAUGCUGAAAGCUCCAUGUCGACUCCAAUGAUAAGUGAAGAACUCAAGAUCUAUUCCCACCUAAAGAAGUUCACUUUCAUUGAUCUCAAGUUGGCAACUAGAAAUUUCAGACCGGAAAGUCUUCUCGGCGAAGGUGGGUUUGGUUGUGUCUUCAAAGGAUGGGUCGAGGAGAACGGAACUGCUCCUGUUAAGCCUGGCACUGGUCUUACUGUGGCUGUCAAAACCUUAAACCCUGAUGGACUUCAGGGUCAUAAAGAGUGGCUUGCUGAGAUUAACUAUCUCGGUAAUCUUCUGCAUCCAAAUCUUGUUAAACUGGUGGGUUAUUGUAUCGAAGAUGAUCAAAGGCUGCUGGUAUAUGAGUUUAUGCCUCGUGGAAGUUUGGAGAAUCACCUUUUCAGAAGGUCGUUGCCUCUUCCAUGGUCAAUUCGGAUGAGGAUUGCAUUAGGUGCUGCAAAGGGUCUCAGCUUCCUUCACGAAGAAGCUCUAAAGCCGGUUAUCUAUAGGGAUUUCAAAACCUCCAACAUUUUACUAGAUGCAGAGUACAAUGCAAAACUAUCAGAUUUCGGGCUUGCCAAAGAUGCUCCUGAUGAAGGCAAAACCCAUGUGUCUACUCGUGUCAUGGGCACUUAUGGCUACGCUGCUCCCGAGUAUGUCAUGACUGGUCACUUGACAUCAAAGAGCGAUGUUUACAGUUUUGGUGUGGUUCUACUGGAAAUGCUGACUGGUAGAAGAUCUAUGGACAAAAACCGACCAAACGGCGAGCACAACCUCGUGGAGUGGGCGAGACCGCAUCUCCUUGACAAGAGAAGAGUCUACAGGCUGCUUGAUCCGAGGCUGGAGGGUCAUUUCUCCAUGAAAGGAGCUCAGAAAGUGACUCAGCUCGCAGCUCAAUGCCUUAGCCGUGACUCCAAGAUGAGACCCAAAAUGAGUGAAGUGGUCGAAAUCCUUAAACCACUCCCACAUCUCAAAGACAUGGCUAGCUCUUCUUACUACUUCCAGACUAUGCAAGCCGAGCGACAGAAAGCUGGGUCGGGCCGUGGGUUCGGGUCAAGAAACGGGCAACCCGUGUUUAGGACGCUGUCUAGCCCUCAUGGUCAAGCUGGUUCUUCACCUUAUCGUCAUCAGAUUCCGUCUCCUAAGCCCAAAGGUGCAUGA